GUUGUCGAAUAAACGUAUGAAAUGUUGGUUUUGGUGAAAUUUUUUCGCUAUACGGAAGUCGUGCUACAUACGAGCCUGCUUAGAUCCACGCUAUUUGGGAUGUAGUUGUAAGAAAGUUGCUCGACAACUGGUUCUAUAGAAAAAUGGUAACUUAUCUCCGGAAGGUACUCACCCAGAGAGUGCCUAUUCUUCAAUGGGGCCGAACAUACAAUUCUCAUAAAUUUGUCUGUGAUAUUAUAGCUGGAAUAACUGUUGGUUUGACUGUGAUGCCCCAAGCUUUGGCUUAUGCCACUUUAGCUGGAUUGGAACCUCAGUAUGGAUUAUACUCAGCCUUUGUAGGAUGUUUUGUUUAUGCAAUAUUUGGCACUUGUAAAGACAUCACUAUUGGACCAACAGCUCUAAUGUCCCUGAUGACGUAUCAACAAGUUAUGGGAAGAAAUAGUGAUUACGCCAUACUCCUAUGUUUUUUGUCAGGAAUAAUACAAUUGCUAAUGGCUAUAUUACAUUUAGGUGUUUUAAUAGACUUCAUCUCAAUACCAGUUACAGUAGGUUUUACUUCCGCAACUUCUGUCAUUAUUGCAACUUCUCAACUGAAGAGUCUUCUGGGAUUGAAGAUUUCCUCCUCUGGUUUCUUGGAUACCAUCACCAAAGUGUUGCAGAAUUUGGAUAAAACAAGAUAUACAGACUGCAUUCUAGGAUUCUCCUGUAUUUUGAUUUUGAUGUUAUUGAGGAAAUUGAAAAACUUCAAAGUCCACUCAGAAGAUCAGAAACCAACUGCUCGACAAAGACAUUGGAAUCGUUUCUUCUGGUUGAUUGGCACAUCCAGAAAUGCUCUUGUUGUCAUUCUGUGCUCGACUAUUGCAUACGCAUACGAAACCAGUGGAGUAAACUCUCCAUUUUUGCUAACAGGAAAAGUUAGACCUGGUCUCCCGAAUUUUCAACUGCCACCUUUCCAGACAGUUCUCAACAACCAGACAAUUACCUUUCCUGAUAUGAUAUCAGACCUUGGCACUUCUGUUGUUCUUGUUCCUGUAAUUGCUGUUUUAGGAAAUGUUGCUAUAGCUAAAGCUUUUGCAAGUGGCUCAAUAAUUGAUGCAACUCAAGAGUUGAUGACUUUGUCCAUGUGCAACGUUAUUGGUUCUUUCUUCUCUUCAAUGCCAAUCACAGGUUCAUUUUCCAGAUCAGCUGUUAACCAUGCAAGUGGUGUUCAAACACCAGCAGGUGGUGUCUUCACUUCCAUUCUAGUACUUCUGGCUCUUGGUUUCUUGACACCUUAUUUCUCCUACAUUCCAAAAGCUUCACUUGGUGCUGUUAUCGUCAGUGCAGUUAUAUUCAUGAUUGAGUAUGAGGUAGUGAAACCCAUGUGGCGUUCGAGUAAGAAAGACUUGGUAUCAACAUUCGCCACGUUCUUUUUCUGUCUGAUUGUUGGAGUGGAAUAUGGAAUUUUGGUUGGAGUAGCCAUAAAUAUUGUUUUCUUAUUGUAUCCCUCAGUGCGGCCAACAGUUCAUGUUGAAACGAAAACGACGAAUUAUGGAUUGGAAUAUCUCAUGAUAACUCCUGGAAACAGUCUCUAUUUCCCGGCUGUGGAUUUCAUUAAGACAAGUGUUGGAAAAGCAGGAGUUUCUUCCAGACACCUUCCAGUGGUGAUAGAUUGUCGGUUUAUACUCGGUGCUGAUUUUACGGCUGCUAAAGGAAUAUCUGCUCUAAUUGACGAAUUCUCUAUUAGAAAACAACCACUAUAUUUCUUCAAUACUCGUGAGGAUGUUGUUACAGUAUUCCAGGGGGUAUUAGAAGAGGAUUUCAAGUAUUUUAAGACUAUGGAACAACUAGAACACUCUUUGAAAGAGAAUUCAGUUGAUGACCAUAUCAAUGAAGAAGGAAAAUUACUGUAUGACUCAGAGACCGAGUAUUGUAGAAAUAUCUGGCGAAAGUCUUCAGUUGAAUUGAAGGAAAUAUGCAAUGGAGAAGGGCAUAACCUCAAUCAUAGGCAGAGUAGUUUGCAACGAUGAAUAGAUAGAACCCAAUGAAACCAAUUUUCAAAAAAAAAGCCAAAACGUAAAAUGUAGAGCUUGAGGUUAUUGAAAUGUUAACUAUACUAUUAACCAGAUGUUAAUUGUUUCUUACUCAUUACUUUUUUAUUUAAUUUUUCCGCCUUCUUGUUGUAGUCCAAUUUUUUUUAUUCUUGAAUUGCAGACAUUACGAUGUUCGAAGAAAUUGUUCAUCAUAUUUAUACAAGUUUUGAAGUAUUAUUUAUUCUUAUUCAGAAAUGCUUAUGAUACGAUUCUCAGAGAUAUUAGUAUCAAAAGAUAAUUUUUUAAAUUGUUUCAAUUAUUCUUUGUAAUGUGCGAAAGCUUUGCGUUAAUGUUAUAGAUUCAACUAAUUCGGUAUUUGCUCUCUACUAAUUUAUAUAGUUGUUUCUAUACUAGUAUGUUGGGUAAAAACUGUUAUUCUUAUGUAACAUAAAGAUAUUUACCUGAACUGUAUCAUUCCCUAUUGUCGAGUGGAUAUAUUUAUUAUAUUUUUGUAUUCUAUGUGCGAAACUAUUUUUUAUUUAUGAAUAAAUCGUAGAAAAUAAA